AUUCUGGCCAUCCUGACCACCUUCAGGGAGUACGAGACUGUUUCGGGAGACUGGCUUCUGCUGCUGGAAACAUUUGCUAUUUUCAUCUUCGGAGCCGAGUUUGCUUUGAGGAUCUGGGCUGCUGGGUGUUGCUGCAGAUACAAAGGCUGGCGGGGACGACUGAAGUUUGCCAGGAAGCCCUUGUGCAUGUUGGACAUCUUCGUGCUGAUUGCUUCUGUGCCGGUGGUUGCCGUGGGAAACCAGGGCAACGUCCUGGCCACGUCCCUGCGGAGCCUGCGCUUCCUGCAGAUACUGCGGAUGCUUCGCAUGGAUCGGAGGGGCGGCACCUGGAAGCUCCUGGGCUCGGCCAUCUGCGCCCACAGCAAAGAACUCAUCACCGCCUGGUACAUCGGGUUCCUGACGCUCAUCCUUUCUUCAUUUCUCGUCUACCUGGUUGAGAAAGAUGUGCCGGAGGUGGAUGCCCAAGGACAAGAGAUGAAAGAGGAGUUUGAGACCUACGCGGAUGCCCUUUGGUGGGGUCUGAUCACACUGGCCACCAUUGGCUACGGAGACAAGACGCCCAAAACGUGGGAGGGCCGUCUGAUUGCAGCCACCUUUUCCUUAAUUGGCGUCUCCUUUUUUGCCCUUCCAGCGGGCAUCCUGGGGUCCGGGCUGGCGCUCAAGGUGCAGGAACAGCACCGUCAGAAGCACUUUGAGAAAAGGAGGAAGCCCGCUGCUGAGCUCAUCCAGGCUGCCUGGAGGUACUAUGCUACCAACCCCAACAGGAUUGAUCUUGUGGCGACAUGGAGGUUCUAUGAAUCAGUCGUCUCUUUUCCGUUCUUCAGCAUCUAUGGUGCUGUUACUCCCAAGAGGGUCUAG